AUGGCUAUGUUUAACCACACCAGCAUUAGUCACACUGUCUUCCGCUUACUCGGCAUCCCUGGCCUUGAGGAUCAGCACAAAUGGAUUUCCAUCCCUUUCUUUAUAUCCUAUGUCAUUUCUGUAAUUGGAAAUAGCCUUCUCAUCUUUAUUAUCCUCACAAAGAGAAGUCUCCAUGAGCCCAUGUACCUCUUCCUCUGCAUGCUCUCUGGAACAGAUGUUGUCCUCUCAACUUGCAUUGUACCCCAGGCCUUGGCCAUCUUCUGGUUCGAUGCUGGGGAGCUCUCUCUUGAUCGUUGUAUUUCUCAGGUAUUCUUCCUCUCUUCCACUUUUGUGUAUGAGUCAGGGAUCUUACUAGUGAUGGCUAUUGACCGCUACAUUGCCAUAUGCUACCCACUGAGAUACACCACUAUUCUUACGCAUGCGCUAAUUGGAAAAAUUGCUGUGGUCAUCUUUCUGAGAAGUUACGGUACUAUAUUUCCCAUAAUAUUUCUUCUGAGAAGACUGAAUUUCUGCAAAAGUAAUAUUCUCCCAAAUACUGCAUGUAAGCAUAUUGUCUUGGCCCGUGUUUCCUGUAAUGACAUCCGAGUAAAUGUCUGGUAUGGUUUUUUUGUCCUAAUGUCAACUUUGAUUGUAGAUGUUAUCUUAAUUUUUAUUUCUUACGUUCUGAUUCUCCGUGCUGUCUUCCACAUUCCAUCUAAAGAUGCUCGCCACAAAGCUCUCAACACAUGUGGUUCCCACGUUUGUGUUAUCUUUCUCUUUUAUGCACCUGCCAUCUUCUCUGUCCUUACUCAGAGGUUUGGACGUCAUAUCUCACCCCAUAUUAAUGUCCUACUGGCUAAUAUCUAUAUUCUGGCUCCACCUAUGCUGAACCCUAUCAUUUAUGGGAUCAAGACAAAACAGAUCUGGGAUCAAGUGGUUUAUAUAUUCUCUUUGAAACAAAAAUGA